AUGGGAAAGGUAGGAAAAAUAGUUCAUCUUCUAAUAGACCAAAAUCUGAUGACAAAAAGUGCUUUUUGUUGCAUCUUACUUGCUUUUAUUCAGCAUAGUUUAUAUUUUUUAAAACAUUAAUGAACGCAUAUACAUAAAAAUAUCCAUGAAAGCAUAUACAGAAAACUAGUAGAGAUUAAACUUUUGGAGAUUUUAGUAUUAUUAUUAUUUAUAAAGAUUAAUUUAAGAUUCCUUUCUAGGGAAGCAUGCAUGAUAUUGCAUUCUAAGUAAAAAAAACUUUUUUUAUUGUUAAACUGCGCUAUCUUUAUUUUUGGUUAAAUUAUGUUAUCUCAUUAAAUUGUAGAGUUAUCAGUGCAGCACUUAAAAAGCUAAAUAUUUAAUUUCAUAAUAUAUUGUAUAAUGUGUUUAAUUCAUAAUUGGAACAUGUUUUGCACAUACAAUAGUUUGUAAGUUGUUUUUGUAAUUUACCAAAGGCAAUAUGAACUUUAACACUUGUACAACAAGUCCCAUGACAGUCCACGCACAGCAUUUUUCAGGGGUUAAGGUAUAAUUUCCAUCUAAUAAAAAUAUAAAACCAAUAUUAGAUCAAGCACAGAUUAGUACUAGAACACACUCUAAUAAUAUUUUCUAAACGUGUGCACAGUUUGUAAAUUAAAUGUCUGAAAAUGCUUCAUGGAAAUUUUAGAUCUCUACUUAACACUAUGGUUCUCAGCUGAACCUGUAAAUGUUGGACGAAAAAGUCUAACCUGCCUUAGAAUGCUUGAGGUAUAUUACAUUUUCCGAACAAGUUUCCACUCAACUAUUUUCUGUUAUACCCAAGUGAUUGGUUACCCUCUGCAAUAACUUAAAUUAGUGCCUACACUUAAAAAAAAAAAAAAGCAGAAUAGGUAAUAAAAAUCUGAUAUAGAAGAUAUAAAUAUCACUGGUAUAGAAGAUAUAAAGAUAUAUAAGUCUGUAUAACUUUUUACUUACUCCUCUUCCAGAUUCUAAAAUAUUUUCUCAUAAAAUGUACAUAGUUCUCUUUUUUCUGCACCUUAAUGUUUACAAUGGCAAGAUAAUAUUCACACAGUAAAAAACACUAAAGUAAAAUACAGUGCAUAGCAUCCCUUAAAGGGCUGCAAUUAUUGUGAUUAUUAUUGCCAUCAUUUACCAACUAAAUCAUCUUUAUUUACAUCACUGUGGGAUAUACGUUUACAGCUAUGAGACAUGCAGGUGUGAUAUGAAUUCUAAGUCGCUAACUCACAAAUUGAUCAACAUAUAGAUUUUAAAUUAGGGAAGAAUAUAGUUUGGAUAUUUUAAACAUAAUUAUAGGUAUAAUGUGUUCUUUAUUUGCUUGAUCAAUGGAGUAUAUUAGUCCCACAACCUGUAAAACUGCUACAAUAUAUAAAUUGGAAUUAUGGACUGACUUGACAUCGCUUAAAACUACUGUAACACAUCAUGAUUAAGACAGGUUCAUCUAGUCCAGUUUUAUAUAGGUCUACAUACAUGGAGUAGCACCACUAGGACAAAAAGAUACAAUGUGCAAGGAAUCCCAUAAUUUGUUUAUUUUCUGGAGCUUUAUGGAUUCAUGUAGAAUUCUACUGUACUACUGUAUCAUAUGUGUGGUAAAUUUCUCCAAAAUAGGUGCUGUCCAUUUUAUAAACUGCAGGUACCGCAAAGGCACAUUAACAAAGUCAUCUAGUCAUCUACAUUGCUUUUGUGCUACAGUAAAGACUUCUUCUGGGUAAAAAGUGACCCUGUAUGCUAUUGUACAAGUAUUUAUAAUGUUCUAUUUUUGUUGUGAUUCAGUCUAUCUAUCUAUCUAUCUAUCUAUCUCUCUAUCUAUCUAUGUAUCUAUCUAUAUGCAAUAUUAGUUAUACAUAUUCUUUUUAAAAUUUCAGAUUAUCUUUUACGAGGACAGGAACUUCCAAGGCCGCUCCUAUGAGUGCAGCUCAGAUUGUUCCGACCUCCAUUCAUUCUUCAACCGGUGCAACUCCAUAAGGGUUGAGAAUGGAAACUGGAUGCUCUAUGAGCGCCCUAACUAUACUGGGCACCAGUACUUCUUGAGGAGGGGAGAGUACCCUGAUUUCCAGCAAUGGAUGGGUUUUAAUGAUUCCAUCAGGUCUUGCCGUGCCAUCCCUCAGGUAAUAAUCUUCAUAUUGCUGUAGAAUAUGUGUACAUAUGUCACUGAAAAUCUAAUCAACAAGAACCAUGGAAUAGACAUAACAUACAUGGUUCUGUAAAAUAAUAGAUGUUUAUCAAAAUCAUAAUAUUAUUUCAUUGGCUGCUUUGCUUAGAAUACAUAGAAAAUGAAUACUUACAAUUUAAAGAUAUUGUCUAUGAUGGGAGCUGUGAACUUAAGACCAAAUAAUAAAGAUAAAAGAUAAAAUAAUAUUUUUUUAGAGCAUUUACAAGGCUACUCACUGUCUACGUCUGCUUGAUCUAAAUGUUUUCUAUGUUACAUGUGGCACUGUUAAAGUAUCUUACAGCUAAUAUAAUAACACCUGUUAGAUACCUUAAUGACAAUUACAUACUUAUAUCAACAAUUGUUAUAAACUUUUCUUACAUGGUCUUGGUACUUUUCAGCAUCGUGGAUCAUUCAGGGUCAGGAUCUAUGAGAGGGAAGACUUUAGAGGUCAGAUGAUGGAAUUCACUGAAGAUUGCCCACAAGUCCAUGAAGAGUUCAAUUACCAUGACAUCCACUCCUGCAAUGUGCUGGAAGGGCACUGGAUCUUCUAUGAACAGCCCAACUAUAGAGGACGCCAGUAUUACCUUAGACCCGGAGAGUACAGAAGAUAUACUGAGUGGGGGGCUGUCACUCCUAGAGUUGGUUCCUUCAGAAGAGUUCAGGAAUUAUUUUAA